AUGGAUGUUCUGGGACCCUGUGGCUGUGGAAGGGUUUUUGGGGGGUUGUCAGGGCUUGCCCUGUGCCAGGAACUCACAGCAACCCUGGCUGCUGCAGGGCUGGACCAUGAGCUGGCUUUCUCCAAGAUCAUCGUGGAACUACGGAAGAAGCACCCAGGCCACAUCCUGCCCGAUGAGGACCUGCAGUGGGUGUUCGUGAACGCGGGCGGGUGGAUGGGCUCUAUGUGCCUCCUGCACGCCUCGCUCACCGAGUACGUGCUGCUCUUUGGGACGGCUGUCGACACCGGGGGCCACUCGGGUCGGUACUGGGUGGACAUCUCCGACACCGUCAUCUCGGGGACCUUCAGACAGUGGAAGGAGGGGACCACCAGAAGUGAGAUCUACUAUCCAGGGGACACCAUCGUGCACCAGGCAGGAGAGGCCACGUCGGUGCAGUGGAGCGCGGGCACCUGGAUGGUGGAGUACGGCCGGGGCUUCAUCCCCUCCACGCUCGCCUUCGCCCUGGCUGACACCGUCUUCAGCACUCAGGACUUCGUCACCCUCCUGUGGACCCAGGUGCAGUGGGUUGGUGGUCCUGAGAAGUUCACACAGACACAGACAGGCACCUUGCAGCGUGAGAAUCGCAAGGUGUGUGUCUGCUGGCCGGUAGAAGAAGUGGGCAUCUGUCCCUACGGUCAGGGCAAUUGCACGCGUGUGAGUGCUCAGGCACGUGUGGAUGGGACUUGUGUGUACGUGCACGUGUGUGUCCCUGCGCAGCCUGGCCACGGGGCCGGCAGCCCCAUCCGGGCGAAGGGCUGCUCCAGGGGUACCUUCCUCACCGUCUUCCUCACCCAGCACUGA